AUGGGGGUAUUAGCUUAUCCCCAGUUGUCAAUAACAGAAAACCCCGAAGAGUAUACUAAAAUCUGGAUAGAUAGUGGUACCCAUGCUCGUGAAUGGAUAACAACGUCAACGGUUACAUUCAUAUUGAAUCGUUUCAUGGAUGCAUGGCAGGAUCAGCCAAAUUACAUACGCAACAAAACCUGGUAUUUUAUGCCCAUCGUUAAUCCCGAUGGCUAUGAGCAUAGCCGCAAAAAAGAUCGCCUUUGGCGUAAAAAUCGCACACCAAAUCAGCAUACCCGUUGCAAGGGUGUGGACUUGAAUCGCAAUUUUAAUAUCGGCUGGAAUACCCAGGGAUCAUCGGCAAAUCCGUGUCGCGACACCUACCAUGGCCGUCAACCAUUUUCCGAAAUGGAAACUCAAGCAAUUGGAAAAUUUCUUCACGAAAGAAAACACAAUUUGUUGGCAUUUUUGACAUUUCAUAGUUACGGGCAAAUGCUGCUGUAUCCAUAUGGUCAUACGGCGGCGAAAUAUAAAGAUGCAUCGAUGUUACAGAGAGUCGGUGAUGAGGUGGCCCGUUAUAUUAGAAAGACGAUGGGAAAGAAAUAUCAAGUUGGUUCAAGGCAUAAACUAUUGUAUCCUGCUGGCGGCGGUGCCGAUGAUUGGGCUUGUUCAACGUUGGGCGCCAGAUAUGUCUAUACCAUUGAGUUGAGAGAUCGUGGAAGGUAUGGAUUUGUACUGCCAUCGGCGCAAAUUAUACCAACAGCUUUGGAGGGUUAUGCAGUGGUGGAUGCGGUGGCGAGGGAUAUAUAAAAGUUUUUUAAA